AUGGCCUCAAAACGCAAGGCCAGCGACCCGCCGCCACGCAACAGCAGCAGCGCCGUCGCCGUCGCCGUCGCAGAUUCAUCGGAGCUGUCCGAGACCAGAGACCGCCGCUUCAGAGAGCUUUAUUCGAAGCCGCCCGACUUCAAGCAGCUGGCGCGAUGCGACCCAGAGUUUGCCGCCAUGACAAAGGGUCGCGAGCUCGACUUUGGCGAUCCCGCCUCCGUCGUCCAACUGACCAAGACGCUGCUCAAACUUGACUUUGGUCUGGUGAUGCAGCUUCCACAAGACCGCCUCUGUCCGCCGAUCCCGAAUAGACACAACUACAUCUUGUGGCUCAAGGGACUGCUCGAUACGUCGUCCUACAGUCCGCCGGGCCGGAGCUUGGUCGGCAUCGAUAUUGGGACAGGUGCCAGCUGCAUCUACCCUCUCCUGGCCUGCGUGCAGCGUCCGUGGUCCUUUGUUGCAACCGACAUCGACGUCGAGAGCUUAAAGUGGGCGACAAGGAAUGUUGAGCUGAACGGCCUCGGCCAUCGCAUCAAAGUUGUGGGCCGCAGAGCCGAGGAUGCCCUCAUACCCCUGGAUGACCUUGGCCUCGACUCCGUCGACUUCACCAUGACGAACCCGCCCUUUUACGAAUCCGAGCACGCCAUGCUCCAGAGUGCCAAGCGGAAAUCCCGACCGCCUUGCACAGCCUGUACCGGCUCCCUCACCGAGAUGGUCGUCGAGGGCGGCGAGGUAGCCUUCGUCAAUCGCAUCUUAGACGAGUCCGUUGUGCUCCGCCGCCGCGUGCAGUGGUACACCUCCAUGCUGGGGUUCCUGUCUAGCGUUACGACUCUGGUGGGAAGACUGCGAGAGCACGGCAUCCGAAACUACGCCGUCACCGAGUUUGUCCAGGGCAACAAGACCCGUCGGUGGGCCGUCGCCUGGAGCUUCGGGCCCAUGCGGCCGGCCCAGGACGUGGCCAGGGGCACCAAGGCCGCCUCGUGCAAGCUGGACCUGCUGCCCGCCGCCACGGAAGCCGAGGUUGCCAAGUUCCCCAUGCCCGUCAGCAUCGGUGAACUCGCUGACAAGCUGAGUGGUGCCAUUGGUGUCUUGGAUCUGAUGUCCUGGGACUGGGAUGCGCAGGCUCUCGCGGGCACCGGUCGUGCGCCCGACAAGGUCUGGGCUCGGGCCUGGCGGCGGAGGAAGAAGCGCGAAGCGGAGAAUGCGAUGGGCGAGGGGCACAACCCGUCGGAGCCGAUAUGUGCCUUGGGCUUUCACGUCAGGAUUCACGUUGCACUGCAGCACGUCUCAGUCAAGUGUCGAUGGCUAGAAGGCUCGGAUCCCAUCGCGUUCGAGAGUUUCCAGGGUUUCCUCCAAGCAGCAGCUAGGUCGGCUGUCUCAGGCACGCACUCGAAUCCUCGGCUACCAGGACGAUGA